AUGGGUAGGCGUCGCGGUUGUAGGUUUGGUGCUAAGGCAUUGGGGUCUUUCGAUUUGUCAAAUCCUACAUUUGUGUCUUAUUAUAAAAACCAACUCCAGCUAAACGAUGGAGAACUGGAACAAUUUAUAAAUGUGAUGAAAACUACCCUCCCUGUUACCUUCAGAAUAACUGGAUUUCGUCAACAGAACAAGGACCUUCUUUCACUGCUUCAAGAAAAUUAUUUACAUUCCUUAUUCGAAAGAACACUGAAUGAUUCUGGUGAUGAAAUUUCUGUUGUUCCCCUUAAAUGGUACCCUGGAGAAACAGCUUAUCAAAUUAACUCAACGCGUUUGGCCAUUCGUAAAACGCCCGAGCUAAAGGAGCUUCAAAAAUUUCUUGUUACCGAAAAUGAAGCUGGAAAUUUGAGUAGGCAGGAAGCUGUGAGUAUGCUUCCUCCGCUCGUUUUGGGAAUCAAAGAGCAUCAUUCGGUUUUGGAUUUGUGUGCUGCUCCCGGAUCCAAGUCAGCACAACUUGUAGAGUUGCUCCAUGCUGACGCUGAAUCGAAAUCUAUUCACGGUGAUCAAUACUCUGAGCCCUCUGGAAUUAUCGUAGCAAACGAUCUAGAUCGUCAACGUUGUUUCAUGAUGAUUCAUCAAGUCAAGCGUCUUCAGAGUCCAUGUGUAAUUCUCACCGAAGAAGACGCCUCAGUUUACCCUCGAUUCUUUGUAGACUGUCCUGAAAAUCCUGAUGAAUUUCGUCAGCUAUACUUUGAUCGAAUUCUCGCAGAUGUUCCCUGUAGUGGUGAUGGUACACUGCGGAAAAAUCCUGACCUUUGGUCUAGAUGGACUCCCAAGCUUGCUAGGGGUCAACAUGAUCUCCAGAAGAGAAUUCUUAAGCGUGGUUUGGAACUGCUUCGAAUUCCUGCAUCUACCGACGAAACAGACCUUCCACGCUUGGUCUACUCUACUUGUAGUUUAAACCCGAUCGAAGAUGAGGCCGUAGUUGCAGCGAUUCUUAAUGCUUGUAAAGGAGCCGUCCGAUUGAUUGAACCGGACUUGAUGUGUUUGCCGGGUUCUGAAGCUGCGAAAAACGGGGGUUUUGUGGCCAGAUCGGGUUUGAAGAGUUGGAAGGUUUUGUUGGGUUCUGACAAAUGGUAUGAAAAACUCGAUGAUGUCCCAGACAGAGAACGAAACUCCCUCCAGCCAAGUCUUUUCCCUCCUGAAAACAUAGGCGAAUUAAAUCUCGAGCUCUGUCGCCGUGUUCUUCCCCAUGAUCAAAAUACAGGUGGAUUUUUUAUUGCCGUUUUCGAGAAAGUCGCCGAUCUUCCCUGGAUGAAUAGUAAGCCAAAGGUUCUCAAAAAGAAUUUUGUGCCGGCUGGCAAUGGUACCGAAACUCGGGUUUCAGACGAAAGCGAAAGUAAUCCCUCCAAUGCGAAGAAAGCACGUAUGCUGACAAAUCAACAACGCGACGAGGACUUUGUUUUUGUGGAUCCAGAGACAGACAAGGACUGGCCAAUUAUUCGUUCCUACUACGGUAUUGAUGAUGAAAGUGACGGAAAAUCCAAGUGCCUUUUCCAUCUUAACCCUGCUCAAAUUCUCUACCGUGUUAGCAAAGUCGGAGAGCCAAUUAGAAGGCGUAAUCUCUACUAUACUAACAAUCUAGUCAAACGCGUCAUUCAAGCUAAUAGUGACAAUGGAGUUGUCCACAUUGUCAGUGGUGGAGUUAAACUUUUUGCUGUCAGUUCAGACAAGCAAUUUGAGGGUUAUAGACUUCUCCAUGAUGGUAUUAAUUUGGCUACGGCAUUCUUACCACAAAUUCCCAGAGAACUAAAGCAACAUCCACCUCAGCUCUGUCAUAGGCGAAUCAGUUUGUCAUUAAGCGAACGAGAGGACUUGCUAUUACUUCUUAAAGAAGAAAUGCCCCUUGCGAAAAAAUUCUCCGAGGCAGUACAGAAUCAAUGGGAGAAGUUGAGCAUUGGACCGGUAAUUAUUGAUUAUGAUCCCGAGUCGCCAGCAGAUCCGAACUUGUGUGAGGAGAUCAAGAAUGCAAACCUCCGUCCACGUUGUAGAAUUGCUUUUUCUGGAUGGAGAGGAGUUCGAAGUUUGAGGCACUAUAUUGAUCGACACGAGAGGGUUCAUAUUAUGAGGCUGUGUGGACUGGAUGCUUCUAUACCUGUGAUUAUGGGACGAAGCGAGCGGAUUGAAGUGCGUGAAGAGGUGGUGGAAAAAAGUGAACUUGGCGAAGUCGAACAAAAUUUGUAA